AUGGGCAUCCAGCAGAGACUGCCGAAGGAUUUCAUUAAGUUGGUGUUCCAAGUAAUAUGGUUCCAGAUAGCGGUGAUACCCAUGUUUCUUUGGGCUGUGCUGAUGGCAAUACUGCCCUCAAGAAGGAAAUCGUUAAAGGAUGAAGUCGUUUUGAUUACGGGGGCCGGGAACGGGUUGGGGAAGGAGCUGGCGAUGCAGAUGGCGAAGAAGGGAUGCAAGUUGGCUUUGGUGGACAUCAAGGAGGAGGCCGUCACCAAAGUGGCCAAUGAGAUCAACGUGAGACACGGCGACGCGGCCAAGGCCUACGUGGCCAACCUGGGGAUCUCCGAGGACAUUUCGGCCCUGGCGCAACGG